CGCAGUAGGAGAGCGCACCGGAUGGCUGUGCCCUGCCACGCGCCUGGCACAGAAUGGGAAGGCGCUCCUGCUACCCGCCGCGCUUGCGGGUGGCAGCAAGUCUGGGUGCUGCGCUCCUGCUCCUGUGUGUUGUGUUGCGCGCCCUGCGUCCUGCAUUUGAAAACAAAUCCCUGGGCUCCAGCUUGUUCGGAGGAGUGAGGAAGACUCCCCUGCAGAUGUUGCAUGACCUGGACCAGGGUCUGCGUUCCCCUAUGGCCGAGGUGCACCACCAGCGGCGCGAGCUGCUGCGCCGGGCCUGCAGUCGCCACACACGACGCCAGCGCCUGCUGCAGCCGGAGGACCUGCGACACGUCCUGGUGGACGAUGCGCAUCAGCUGCUGUACUGCUACGUGCCCAAGGUGGCCUGCACCAACUGGAAGCGCGUGCUGCUGGCGCUGCGAGGUCGUGGGGACCCGGGCGCAAUUCCUGCGCACGAGGCGCACGCACCCGGCCUGCUGCCCUCGCUGGCCGACUUUUCACCGGCCGAGGUCAACCAGAAGCUGCGUGACUACCUGGCCUUUCUCUUCGUGAGGGAGCCCUUCGAGCGCCUAGCGUCCGCCUACCUCAACAAGCUGGCGCAGCCACACAGCGCUGUCUUCCAGCAGCGCUACGGUACCCGCAUCGUGCGCCGCCUACGACCACACGCGCACCCCGACGCGCUAGCCCGCGGUCACGAUGUGCGUUUUGCCGAGUUCCUGGCUUACCUGCUUGACCCACGCACGCGCCGUUAUGAGCCCUUCAACGAACACUGGGAGCGCGCGCACGCGCUGUGCCACCCAUGCCUAGUGCGCUACGACGUGGUGGGCAAGUUCGAGACGCUGGCGGAUGAUGCCGCCUUCUUGCUAGACCUGGUGGGAGAGCCUGGUCUGCGUUUCCCUACUCCGCCCCGGAGGCCUGAGAAGAACCCCACGCGUGACCAGGCCCGGCGCCUUUUCCAGGACAUCAGCCCCUUCUAUCAGCGCCGCCUCUAUGACCUCUAUAAGAUGGACUUUCUGCUCUUCAACUACUCUGCCCCCUCCUACCUGCGGCUGCAAUAGGGGCGGUAGGUAACAGCCUCUGGCUGCUGUGACCAGGAGGUCACCAGGAGGUCUGCAAUGAACCCGGUAGUGUGGACUGGAGACCCCAGUGGUUUACGUUACCCACUGGACCUGACCAAGAUGCUAUACACAGGCCACACUCAUACCGACUGGGUUGGGUACCGCUUGCCUCA